CGGUGACGGACGGGUUGAUUGUGUAUUGCUCUCUGCCACGCUUUCAUUUGUCGUGACAAUCGAUUUCCGUUCGUGGAUCUUUAUCGACAGCCGGUGUCAUACGUUUUUAGGAACCUUUCAUAUUUAGGAAUUCAUCCUAUACACGAACUGCUGUAUCGACAUAAUCGUAUCGCAAAGAAACGUAAACAUGGACAGGAAAAAGUGUCUCGUUUAACCUCUCUCGUGUGAUUCCGGUUCAUUGUUGUUUCAAUUGCAUGACAGUAUUUGGUGAAUUCUUUGGACAGUAGAAAACUGCGUGAAGCUAUACUUUUGCUUCGAAGCGUUAUAUGUGAGUCAAGAGGAACUGAAAAUUUUCCUGGUAUUUUGCGGAUGUCCUACCGGUCACAGGCCGCUAUGACGGAUGAUUCGUGAAAAGAAUUAAUGCGGCCUCGGAAGUGGUCGAAAUCGUAUGAAUCACUCAAGAUAAACCGAAAUUUCUAAUUUUUAAGAUGGACAGCUUCACCACCUGGUUAUUACGUAGUUCAGAGAACAGUACGCAAAGUGCAUUAAUUGAUGGUGGGCUAUCAAGAUUCCCUAAACCAUUGAGGACAUUUGCAGCUGUGGUCGCAAUUCUAAUUAUGAUCACUGGGCUUGUUGGUAAUUUGUUGACAAUCAUAGCACUCUGCAAAUAUCCCAAAGUUCGCAAUGUUGCAGCAGCAUUUAUUAUAAGUCUCUGCGUGGCAGACUUUGUAUUCUGCCUUCUUGUACUGCCAUUCGAUUCCAUUAGAUUCGUCGAUGCAAGUUGGGCAGAUGUACGGUUUCUAUGCGUCCUUGUACCUUUCCUGAGAUAUGGAAAUGUUGGCGUGAGCCUCCUCUCAGUUGCAGCUAUCACUAUCAAUAGAUACAUUAUGAUAGCCCAUCACAGCGUAUACAGCAAAGUUUAUAAAAAGUAUUGGAUUGCAUUUAUGAUUGUUUUCUGUUGGGUAUUUUCUUAUGGAAUGCAAGUACCCACCUUAUUAGGAAUUUGGGGUAGAUUUGAUUACGAUCCGAAUUUAGAAACUUGUUCGAUCGUAAGAGACAGCAGAGGUCAGACGUCGAAAACUUUCCUUUUCGUAAUGGGUUUUGUGAUACCCUGCGUAGUAAUAAUCAAAUGUUAUACUAAAAUAUUUUGGGUCGUACACAGAUCUGAGACAAGAAUGCGAAAGCAUGCAGCCCCAACAAUAAAAUCUCCACAUACACCCGGAAGGGAUACUAGAGAAAUCAAACAGAGACGCAGUGAAUGGCGAAUCACGAAAAUGGUCCUUGCUAUUUUCCUUAGUUUCGUUGCUUGUUACCUUCCAAUUACUAUUGUUAAAGUUGCUGACGUCGAAGUUAAAUAUCCAGAAUUUCACGUCUUGGGCUACCUACUCCUCUACUUCGCCUCUUGCGUGAACCCCAUUAUUUAUGUGAUCAUGAACAAACAGUACCGUCAAGCGUACGCGGGCGUGAUAGGAUGUUCUCGGAUAAGGGCGAGCUUGUCACCCUACGGGAGCAGUGCACCAGGUCAUCAUCAUCAGCAGGACUACGGCCAAGAUUAUUCGAAAGACUUUAGCAAAACGAUGGUGUCAUCAGUUUCCAUCGCUAUGAAUCCUGUGAGAAAUUCUCAUUUCGAAGAAACUCGGGACUAAACUUUCAAAACGGAAAAAAAAUCAAUAAAUGAUAUUAAAUUGAUUUUUGAAGACAAAAGACAGUAUUCAGGGUGUUUUUUAACAUGUAAAACCGACGGCAGCGGACGAUAGGCAUAAAAACAGAAACAUACAAUUAGAUAUUAUAAAAAUAUAAACGUAGCCAUAACUUGACAGCAAGGUCAAAUGCAAUCUUGCAAUAAAUUCUGUGUUUUGAAACUCCUAUGCUCAUAAUUAAGUAUAAAAGCAAGCCAUAAAAAAAGACAAUUAAUAAAAAGAAAAGGAAAUGUAGAUGUAAAUAGCAAGAAGACUUGAAAACUAUGAUUAUUCAGAGGAUUAGAAAAACAAAUACGAAAGAUUAAAGACACAGCUGAGCUGUCAUUAGGUUUAUCUGAAUUAGUUCAUAGCAAAAAAUAUGACUAGUAUUGUAUAAUAAAUGAUAAGAUAAGUUACUUGUCG